UUUUUAUUUCCGUCUGCUUGGAUUCCAGCCGUCUCAUACUACUUUAUGGUCGCUUAAAAAUGUUCACACUAAAAACUACAUAUGGUGUUGUAAUUGUAUUUACGGCAUUGGUAUAUUCACUAGGAACGUCGAAGAAACCCAAAAAUGAAAAACUAAAGCGACAUUAUGAAGACCUUGAAGAGAAAUACAACAGACUCGCUCAGAUACAGAAUGAACAGGCAGCACAGCUGUUCCAGGUCACGGACGGCUUAAGAGCGCUGUGCCAGAGCACCCAAGCCUCGCCCUGGGAUCUGGAAGUAACCGACGAACCCCGUAUCACCGCGACAUUUGACGACCACACAUCGUCUCCUUCCGUGAGUUCCAAAUCUAAAUCAACUGUACACGACUUGCGCCCUCUAGCGUUCCGUUUUGAAAGGACCAAGCAGCACUUUGUAUACGAAUUGGACUAUGAGGCGGACUCACAACCCUAUAUAUUCUGGCGUUAUGAAAGUCAGCUGGUUAUUGAAGAUGACGCCAGGAAUAAAGUUAUCAACAAUUUCGCCAGCCAUAGCGGGAGUUCAAAGCUAGUUUCACAAAAUAAAGUCGUUCGUGUGACCAUCAUUUUGGGUCCACGACAGUACAUUGUUGAUAUUAACGCAAGGCAGUCAGAAGCCAGCGAGUUCGAACUAGACCUCAAACCCAUUGGCGUUGACCUCGGUAAGAGACGCAGGCGAGAAUUCGUGCCGGGGGAGAUACUCGAAUUCACAGCCGAAAUACCAAAAUCUUAUUCCAGAACUCAGCAGUUCGUAACACUGGGAGGUUCGUUUACGGUCAUGGACAAGAGCUAUCCACCAACUGCUAAAGAGUUUCGAGUGUGGGAGCCGGACUUCAGAGGUCCCUUCAGCGUCCAAAGAUUUGAUUCUUCAGAUUCAUACAAAGCUAUUUUUAGACUGAAUACUGGAGAGCAUGAAAUGGAAGGUUUGUUUUCUGUAGAAGCAACGAUUCGUUUAACCAAUGAUUUAGAACCGUCUGUUGUACUCACCGAAUCACAGAGCGUCAUAUUCUACAAAGCACACAGAGACGUUCCAUACCCAAAAGAUUUCAUAGCAUUCGUCGAGCACAACAAUUACCUACAACAGCCCUGUGAAGAGGGAACGCCUUGUUUCAUCACCUGUAAGGCGCUGGGCCAUUUUCUUGGAGAUGUGCAUAUCACAAGGGAAGGGAAGCCUCCAGAGUCCAUUCCUGUCCAGAGCCAUCAACUUAAGUUAUGGGGAGGAUUAUAUGAAGCCGUUUUCACCAUAGAUAACUUCAGACAGAAGAACGCAGGGAACUAUACAUGCAGAGCUAGAUCCAAAUAUAAAGCCGCAGUUACCCAGUCUGUCAGUGUGCCAUUCUAUAAACAAGCAAUGAUUCUGAAUGGAUCUGGAAUUUUGAUGCACAACGCGUUGAAACUGGUUUUUAAAUGCGUAGCCACGGGAUAUCCUCGGAUUAACAUCUCUCUCUAUAAAAAUCGUAACGUGUCUGACAUUUUCGAGAACAGUCUUUCAGCUGAUUUGACAUGGAAAUUGCAGCACAACGUUAAGACUUUGACAUUGGUAGUGGACAAGACACACCUAAAGCAACGGCUGUACAACAUUGGAUGUGUGGCGGAGCAUGCUUACCAUUCGACAACCAGAGAGUUUGAUGUAUCACCGACACUCAAAUAGAGAGCCGUCAUGUUGCCUAGCGCAGGGGUCGAAAUACUCCCGACCGGUUGUUUACGGUCAACAUUAGGCUUGGGCAAAUAAAUACUUUUUCUACGUUAAAUAACUAUGCCUUGUAAUUUCUAUGGCCAUUUUGGUCAUAGGUACUUGAUGACAGGAUAAUAAAGUAUUUCCCAAUGACACUAGUACAUGAUACGGUUACUGCAUAUUAGCCACUAUUGACGUUAUAGACGAGUAUGUGGAUAAUAAAAAAUAUAUUAUUUCAUGACAAAAAUAACCGCGAAUACGCUGAAAUAAAAUAUUAAACAGUC